AUGUUCUUUCAAGAAAGGAAAGACAUAUUUCGAAAUAUUUUCGAUUUCGCCAUUCAUGCAGUUAAAGAAAAUGCGAUGAACACAGAGAGUUACAAGGAAAUAGAAUUAAUUUUCUCAGAUGCAAUGAAUGAUAAAAACGACUACCAUCCAGCUGUUGCAACAGCAUUUUCGAUCUGCAAAUCUGCAUUGGGAUCAUUUUCGAUGUACGUCGAACUAAUUGCUCCAUAUUUUCAUGCUUCAGAUAGAAUAUCAAGAUUUGAAGAUCUUUUAAGACUUCUUGAAGAUCUUGGACUUUAUGAUUGCGAAAAAUGUGCAGAGAUGAUGCAACUUUGCACAAUAGGUCAGAAUGAACUAGGAAUCCCUGAAUUCUCUGACAAGAUAAAGCUUUGUGAAAAUUUUCAUAUCGAAAUUAAUAAAUUUCUUACAAAGUCAAUGAAUAUGAACCAAAAAAAUGAAAAAUUCAGAACAGGAAUAUAUGCAUUAGUCUAUUUAUGCAUUAAUAACUCUGAAUUUAUAGAACUUUAUGAUAGAUUAUAA